AUGAGCCGGCGGCGAAUUUUGUUAUCGGCGGUUUUUCUCUCAUACUUGCUUCACGGAAUGGCUUUCGUCUCCGUCGGAGGCGUGGAGGUUGUUAGUGAGAAUCUGGAUUUGACUAAAACGACGACGUUAUCGACCUCUUCGCAUCGGAAAAUGCUUCUUCUCUCUCCUGGAAAAAAGGCAGAAACGAGAGCAGAGCCGGAUAGGAUCGGAGAGAAGUGCAAGAGGUCGGAUAUAGUGGUGAACCAGGCAGCAACCGAGCCGAUGCCGAACGGAAUACCGGGUUACACGGUGGAGAUAACGAACCAGUGUAUGUCUGGAUGCAAUAUCUCUAGAAUCCACGUCAGCUGCGGUUGGUUUAGCUCGGCUAAGUUGAUAAACCCGAGAGUCUUCAAGCGUAUUCACUACGAUGACUGUCUCGUCAACAACGGCAAGCCUUUGCCUUAUGGCUCCACACUCUCUUUCCAUUACGCCAACACUUUCCCUUACCCUCUCUCUGUCUCCUUCGUCACCUGUUCCCAAGGUGAUGUUGUGAUUGCUGGAGGAGCGGUUAAGAUCCUGUUAGAGAUGGCAGAAGUAGUGAACGCAUCGGGAAAACAGCUGGGAAGCAACAAUGCUCUCAACAACGCAAGAGCCACUCUUGCAGCAAUGCUACAGAUGAGACAGUUUUGUGAUGUUUCUCUUGAUCGUGCGAUCCCCAUGGAAGGACUCUGGAAGUAA